GUUGCUGUUUUUUUUCCCCCAUUUUGAACGCUCGUGCCAACAUAGCGAUCAAAAGAGCGAUUGUUUUCUGAUUAAUUAUGUAUAACAUAUAUUAACCCUAUUUCUAGACUUAAGAGUCCGAAUAUGGCUAAAUAAAUGCUCAGUUGUUGAAUUAAACGGAUGAACUUGUGGAGAAAGUAACCAGAUAAGGUUGAUAGCUGAUGUUAGCAUGUUAGCCCGUUGUUUCUUUCUAAUUGAAUACUGAAAUGUGUUUAAAAACACCAGGUUGGUGUUUACACACUCAUGAUUGAUACUUGCUGUUUGAUUCUCUUUGCCUUCAGGAUGAUAGGGAUGAAAAACAAGAACAUUUGUCUUCAUUUAACGUCUCUGAGUGUUCAUUUAGGUGAAAUGACUGGUCUGUUCUAUGUAUUAUUCGAGUAUUUUAGCUUCUGUUAAAAGUUUCCCGUUUUAUUAUGGGCAGUUUGAUGUCUAGAUCUUGACAUAGCAAAUGUCCUUUAUCAUCGAGCUGAAUGGAUAAACAUAGUUCAUAUUGAAAACAGUUUUCUCCGGUUGUCUAUAGUUGAUGUUGUAUAUUUCCAAGUAUUUGCUUGGAAUUGGUUUAGUGCUGGUGAAUCGUUGUUUUUUAUCACCGCGGUUUGUGCUUGAAACAAAGGAGAGCGCAAAUCAUUUACUCUGACCCAAAUAUAAACCAGAUAAACAACGAUAUUACCAUCCAUCUACACACAUUCACUACCACAACCCCUAAAGCUGAAGACGCCGACGAGAUAUAGCGCAAUAGAGGUUGUUUAUGAGUGUGAUUGUUAGCCGUGAUGCUAGUGUUAGCAUGACUCGGUGGAUUUCGCGAUAAGGCCUCAAACACUGCUUUAUCUAUAAAACACACACAUAACGCAUACACAGUGCAUUUAGUUACAGUAUAAAGGCAAUUGUUAGCCUUUUGCAUAGGGUGUAAAAUGCAUCGUUUCGUGGUAUAACGAGACAUAUGGAGCAUGCUAGCAGUUUUAGCUAGUUUGAGCAUCUGUUGUUUUCUGAUUUUGUGGAGUUUGUUUAUUCUUUCACCAUGUGGUUCACUGCUGUUUCACUUUGCUCUCUUGUUUAGCAUGAAGUCCAAAAGAUAUGUACGUUUUAUCCAGACAUAUAAAUGGGCAUGGACAAUACAAACACGCACUAAGAGGAAUAGACUGCGAGAGAAAAAACAGCCCCGUUUCGACACACAGGGUCAUUGCCAUUUUUGGCUUUAUCAAAACAUAUACACCCGUUUCAGAGCCCAUACACAGGAAGAGGGGGGCGCUACGCCAACACGCUCCCACUAGAAACCCAUGACGUAAUUGUGGCAGGUCAGGAAGAUCGGGGUAUUAUUAGUAAGGACACACUGCUGUUCAGAUCAGCAUGUCACAUUGCACCCUCGUGACGGCGAAAACGAAUCCCCAUUGUCCACGUGAGAGUGUGUGUAUGGAGCAGAAAGCGCGCACGCUCGUGACGUGGGUCAUGUGGUGGGGUUUUUCCGGGGAAAACCUCUGACGCGUCUUUCAAGAAAAGGCGCAGGUGAAAAGCUGCAGUCUUGUUUACAUGGAGACAAGAGGCCCCCUGAAUCUGCGGGCCCCUCGCAGAUAUCUCACUUAACGGAUUUCAGUUGCAUUGCAGUUCAGUGCUGGACGCAGCUGGAUGUGGAUCGUGUUUGUUGGUGUAAUCGGCCAGUAGUCGAACAGCAUUGACCAGCUGUUCUCACCUACACAUCCUAGAUUUCACAACCCUGCCAUGAUUAAUGUCAUUGCUAGUCCUGAUCAAAUCACAUAAAUACACCAUGUGAUGACUUGUAAGUGAGUGGUCUGUAGGUACUGCUUAUCAGUUUACUGAUCAAAGCAACACAUUGAUACUUUAUCUGUCUGGUCAGGUUGUAAAGAUACUAAAGCUUCAGUAGUCAAUAUCAAAGUUAAAUUGCACAAUUCUCAAAGCUAAUUUUAAUAUCCGAGCAACAUUUUCUUUAAAAAAAAAAAAAAAAAAAGUUAAGUGAAGACAAUGGCAUUCGAAUAUAGAUAGUAUUCGAUUACGUCAUCAAACUGGCCAUGAACAUCAAGCAAAGCCCUGCGUUCCUCAGGUAGCAGUGGAAUAAAGAAAUUGAAAACACUCACUGCGAAAAACAUUAUAGUGUACAUGGAAACAUUGGAUAAUAUUUCACGAAGUUAUGAGAAGUUGUUAAUUGGAUCCAACUUCUAAGAUAACACUUGUGGUUUUGAUAUUACCAAUGUGCUGUGAUAUCCUCAAUACUUCAUGCCCACUGUUGGUGCUUACACUAGUUAGGAAAGACAUUCAAGUCUCUGAAGCAAUAUAUUAUUUCAUUUGUGGAUGGGUGCUGGACGUUAAUCGUUUACAGAUGGGAAAGAACAAUCAAGACGACCGCAUUAUUGCCACCACAAAGGAAUCGCCCACUUUUAGAGAGAUGGCCCAGGAGACCAAUCAGAGCCCCGUGCCCAUGCUCUGUGCCACUGGCUGUGGUUUCUAUGGCAACCCAAGGACCAAUGGCAUGUGCUCAAUCUGCUACAAAGAGCACUUAACAAGACAAAACAACGGGGGAGUCAGUCCUAUUAGCACAAUGGCAGGUUCCAGCAGUGUAACUAGUAGUGCUACCUCUGAAGCCUCAGCCAUUCAGAUCAUUGAAGCCACACUAAACAAUACUUCCUCUGCUAGUGCUGCUGAGUCACCUAACAGCAAAGCCGCCGCUGCCCUUCCCGUUACACAACAGAUGACGGAGAUGAGCAUUUCCUGUGAAGAGGAGGUGACCUCUCCAAAAGUAGAACUUCCUGAAGCAGUUGUCACUCAGCCAACAGCAUCCGCUGCACCUUCUAGCGCAGAUGGUAGCAAUGAAGCCAAGAUGCCAGAAGCCCCCAAACCCAAGAAAAACAGAUGCUUUAUGUGCCGCAAGAAGGUCGGUCUUACAGGGUUCGACUGCCGCUGUGGGAAUCUAUUCUGUGGACUUCAUCGCUACUCGGACAAGCACAACUGCCCCUACGACUACAAGGCAGAGGCUGCUGCCAAGAUCCGCAAAGAGAACCCCGUCGUGGUCGCCGAUAAGAUUCAGAGAAUAUAAAUCUCUCGCUCAUCCACACCUUGAUUUUUGCGAGAGAUCGGAUAAAAGGACUCACGCUUGACCUGUGAUUCUAAAGACUAGUUUUUUAAAUUACCGUAUUGGGAAAAAUUCCUGUUUCUAAGCCAGUGCAUGAGCGAUCACUUUGUUUCCACCUUUCUUUUUGAUUUCUGUUCAAAGAAACUUAGAACUGAGCUUCAAGUUAAAAUAGGGAUGUGAAAAAAAAAAAAGAGAUUGUAUAAAA